CUCAUGUCAUGGAUUGGACUUCCUCCGUACCUCCACGCUGUCGCCUCUUUUGCCCACCCACUAAUUUUGUGGGAAUCCUGGAACACCGGCGAUACAAAGCGGUGCGACUGGAAAAAGAAAAAGUAAUUUCCAAUCAUGGUGAACCAGGUUCCACAAUCCGAUGGGACCUGGCAGUCAUGCAAGAGUGACUCCAGCGGUGCGGGCACCAGUGGCGGGGAGAGCUCCAAGGAGAGCUCCCGGUGUUCCACGCCAGUGUUGGACGCGGAUCGUUCAGACAGGCUGCGGGACAAGAUGAGGAGGAGGAUCGAGUCCGGGGACCACUGGUUCUCUCUAGAAUUCUUUCCCCCUCGGACAGCCCCCGGUGCAGUCAAUCUCAUUUCGAGAUUUGACCGUAUGGGCUCCGGGGGGCCACUUUUCAUCGACAUUACGUGGCAUCCCGCCGGAGAUCCGGGUUCAGACAAGGAGACGUCGUCCAUGAUGAUUGCCAGCACUGCAGUCAACUAUUGUGGCCUGGAGACCAUCCUCCACCUAACGUGCUGCAGCCAGGGCAAAGACAAGAUCACGGCCUACCUGGCCAAAGCCAAGCACCUGGGCCUGAAAAACAUCAUGGCUUUAAGAGGAGAUCCGAUGGGUGCAGACUGGGAUGACGAGGAAGGUUGCUUCAACUAUGCCGGCGACCUUGUUAAACACAUCCGAUCAGAGUUUGAUGACUACUUUGACAUAUGUGUAGCAGGUUACCCCACCGGCCACCCCGAAGCCGAAAGCUAUGAGGAAGAUCUGCGACACCUGAAGGAGAAGGUGGCCGCCGGAGCCAACUUUGUCAUCACGCAGCUCUUUUUUAGGGCAGAAACCUACCUGAAGUUUCUUGAUGACUGCCGGGCAAUUGGGAUCACGUGUCCCAUCGUUCCUGGAAUCUUCCCCAUUCAGGGCUACCAGUCUCUGCGUCAGCUUGUCAAGCUCUCAAAGUUGGAGGUGCCAGAGGAGAUUAUGGAAGUCAUUGAGCCCAUCAAAGACAAUGACGCGGCCAUUCGCAACUAUGGAAUCCAACUAGCGGUGGAGAUGUGCAAAGUGUUGCUGCAAAGUGGCAAGGUGCCCGGGCUGCACUUCUACACCCUAAAUCGAGAAGUCGCCACCAUGGAAGUGCUCCGGCAGCUCGGCCUGUGGAUAGAAGACCCGAGACGGCCGCUUCCCUGGGCGGUGAGUGCACAUCCCAAGCGAAAGGUCGAGGACGUGCGACCCAUCUUCUGGGCAUCCAGGCCCAAGAGCUACAUAUACAGAACCCAGGAUUGGGAUGAAUUCCCAAAUGGCAGAUGGGGUAACUCCUCAUCUCCAGCAUUUGGCGAGUUAAAUGACUACUACUUGUUCUACUUGAAGAGCAAGUCAUCCAAAGAUGCCCUGCUGGAGAUGUGGGGAGAGGAGCUGAAGAAUGAGGCGAGUGUCUAUGAGGUCUUCACCUGCUACAUCACAGCCCAGCCCAAUCGAAACGGGCACAAGGUGAUGUGCUUGCCAUGGAACGAUGAGCCACUGGCCCAGGAAACCAAUCUGCUGAAGGAUGAACUCGAGAAAGUCAACAGACGAGGCGUUCUCACCAUCAACUCUCAGCCCAACAUCAACGGCAAACCCUCCACAGACCCAAUAGUGGGCUGGGGCCCUCCCGGCGGCUACGUCUUUCAGAAAGCCUAUCUGGAGUUCUUCACCUCCAGCGAAAAUGUGUCUGCUCUCCUCGAAGUACUGAAGAAGUACGAACCCCGCGUCAACUACCACAUUGUUAACGUGCACGGCCGUAACCUGACCAACGCUCCCGACAUGCAACCCAAUGCUGUCACGUGGGGGAUAUUCCCCGGCAGGGAGAUUGUUCAGCCCACCAUUGUGGACCCGGUCAGCUUUAUGUUCUGGAAGGAUGAGGCCUUUGCCUUGUGGAUCGAACAGUGGGCCAAACUGUACGAAGACGAGUCACCCUCUCGGAUGAUCAUCAAGUAUAUUCAUGACAACUACUUCCUGGUGAAUCUGGUGGACAAUGACUUCCCGCUGGACAACUGCCUGUGGCGGGUGAUCGAUGACAUGUUUGAACAGCUGGACGCUUCUUCAAAGUCAACACCCCUUCAAGUGUCAUCAUCAGUUUGAUGAUAGUAUGUUUUUGUAUUGUUUUUAUAAAAAGAUGAAAAGAAACACCCCUAAGCUAUUUUGGAAUGUUGCUGUUAGAAAGGAAAUGUUUACUUCACACUAUUAUCAGUCAGUAUUUCAUUUUCUUUGUACUUUUAGGAAUUAAGCCAGAAAGGCAAAAAUGAAGUCAUUUCUUUUAGCCACGUUACUCCAACUGUGUUUUUUGUGUGUUUUAAAUUUCUAUUUACUGAGCUCAGUUUUUUAACUCCACUUUUGAAAUUGCUGUGAAAUGUGUUUUUAAUGGUCAUUACUCCGUGUGCUAGUGUGGGCAAACACUACUUUUGCUACCUAUUAAAGCUAGCAAACGUUUUACAAACUA